CUCCGGGCUGAUAAGUGCUGUGAAAGAGGCAGGGGAUAUUCAUUCAGGACUGAGACUCGCCACAUCCUCAACAACCCAGAGAGCAGUAAAGUUGGAUUAAAAACGCCAUCCUGGGGAUCUAGAGCGCUAACAACUAAACUAAUGUUUCAGCGUAAUGCGCCCUGGCGCGAUCAGGAGCGCAACAGAAGGUGAGCGGUCAUGGGCGAACAUUUGUCCGUCUAAGUCAGUGACCGAAAGCGAACAAGGUAACCCGGGGACAGAAGAGUAACGGGGAGCCACAAUGUCUAAUUCUGCCCCCUAUCAGGGAAGCUUACGGAAGUCUUCUGGUGUGACACGUGGGAAGAGACCACCGGAUUUGGAAUUACAAACCAAGUUUAGCGCGCCCGAACCAAGAAUACCUGUGGAGAACAACACGUUGUCUGGAACUGACAAAAUGCAAGAAGACAGCAACACUCGCGUCGAGGUACCCCCUGUUCUCCCCCACCCGCGCCUAUCUCAUCCCCGGAUGUCAGCGCGGAUGUCAGUGUACAGCACCGGUCCAGUCCGACAUGUCCUCACCCGCGCUUACAUCCAAGGACGAGUGUAUAACUUCCUGGAAAGGCCUUCUGGCUGGAAAUGCUUCGCAUAUCACUUCACAGUGUUUUUCAUAGUUCUGGCCUGUCUGAUCCUCAGUGUCCUCUCUACGGUUGACCAGUACCAGGACCUGGCUAAGAAAACACUCUUCUGGGUGGAGAUCAUCCUUGUGGUGUUUUUUGGUGUGGAAUAUAUUGUCCGACUCUGGUCAGCGGGCUGCUGCAGUAAAUAUGUUGGUGUCUGUGGCCGACUGCGCUUUGCCAGGAAGCCAAUAUCUAUUAUAGAUCUGAUAGUUGUUGUUGCCUCGAUCAUUGUGCUGUCAGUGGGUUCCAAAGGCCAGGUCUUUGCUGCUUCUGCUGUAAGGGGGAUUCGCUUCCUGCAGAUCCUGCGUAUGCUCCACGUUGACCGCCAGGGAGGAACCUGGCGUCUCCUGGGCUCUGUUGUCUUCAUCCAUCGGCAGGAGCUGAUCACUACCUUAUACAUUGGCUUUCUGAGCCUGAUCUUCUCCUCGUACUUUGUCUACCUGGCAGAGAAAGAUGCAGUUGGCAGCAGCGGCUUAACUCAGUUUGGAAACUACGCUGAUGCUCUGUGGUGGGGAGUGGUGACAGUGACUACUAUUGGCUAUGGAGACAAGGUGCCACAAACUUGGAUCGGAAAGACCAUUGCAUCCUGUUUCUCAGUCUUUGCCAUUUCCUUCUUUGCCCUGCCCGCAGGAAUCUUAGGCUCAGGCUUCGCCCUAAAGGUGCAGCAGAAGCAAAGACAGAAACACUUCAAUAGACAGAUCCCAGCAGCUGCUUGUCUCAUUCAGACAUCUUGGAGAUCUUUUGCUGUAGAGACCUUUGAUACUGCCACAUUCAAGAUGUUUUUGAGAAAGAAGUCCCACAUCACUGCCUCCUCUCUGUCUACUCCAAAGCCCAAAAAAUCGGUGAAGACAAGGAAGAAGCUGAGGAGCACUGACAAGGACAACGGUUCAGCUUCUCCCACCGUCCCCAGCAUCAUGUUCGACUCUUCGUUUGACAGUGGGAGGGAGCUGAGUUCAGAUGUCUACAGCACUGUGUGCACAGAAAGAUCCCACACUCUGGAAGAAUGUGAUCACCAGCAGUCCUGGACGUCUUUGUCUUCCCUCCAGUUUAACUCAACAUCUCUAGUGAAACAAAGCCCUAGCCUUUUGGAAGUCCGCUCCCUUGGCCCUCACCAGAGGAACAGUAGCUUUGCAGAUGACCAGGAGCUGGAGUCAGAGCGAGACAGCAAACUGGCUCCUGCAACCUCAGUGUCACAACUGACAGAGUCACACCGAAAAGCCAUCCGCGUGAUCCAGAGAAUGCGUUACUUUGUGGCCAAGAGAAAUUUUCAGCAAGCUCGUAAGCCGUACGAUGUGCGAGAUGUGAUUGAGCAAUACUCCCAGGGCCACCUCAACCUCAUGGUGCGAAUCAAGGAGCUGCAGAGAAGACUGGACCAGUCUUUAGGAAAGAUAACUUUGUUCCAGCCAAGCUCAGAAAGAGCCAAAGACAAAGGCAACAACUCUAUUGGAUCCAGACUCAACAGGGUGGAGGACAAGAUAACCCGCAUGGACCAGACUCUGAACCGCAUUGCAGAGUCCCUCGCUCUUCUAUUGGAGCAGGGGGAUGUUGGAGGGAGCGAAGGUGGAGGCAGGCCCAGACCACGACUUGGACAGACCUCUAAUGUCCUCCCCAGCCAGGACAGCCUGCCAAGCUAUGACCAGCUGUCUUCAUCACCUUCGUCCUUCUCUUCCAGUGCGCCGCAGCCUGCACUGUCCCACCCUUCAGCACAACCGCCAGCCGGGAUGAGAGCUGCUGAAAUCUGAAACCAACCAGCCUCAAAAUUUGUAUCUGUUUAGUAUAAAUCAUCAGAUGUACUCAGAUCUAAUGCAGUUUUUUCCUAUUUACUAUAGCUGCUGCUUUGCUGAAUGUGAACUAUCUCAUCGAAACGUGAAAUACAUGGGACGUGACAGAGAACCAUCAUGUUUCAGCAUUUUGUAUCAGCAUUAGUUUCGUAACCUUGAAGUGCAAAGUUUCUUACUUAUCUCCCUUUUUUUGUCUUUUUUGAGUAUUAUACUUGAAAAUGAUUCAUUUUAAUACCAAAGACUUUGCUACUUCUUUAGCAUCAUGUACUGUGAUUCAAUAGACUAUAUUCUUUUGAAAUAACAAAUUUUAG